AUGGAGGUCUCCCCAAACGUCUUGACUUACAGAGGUAACUUUACUGAGCCCUCCACAGAGUAUUUGCACUUGACCAACUCUUCAUCGCAACCCUUGGCUUUCAAGGUGAAAACCACUGCGCCAAAGUUGUACUGUGUUAGACCUAAUGCCAGCAUUAUUGGCCCGGGUGAGUCGAUCAAAAUCUCACUCAUCUUGCAGGGCUUCACCCAGCCCUUGCCCAAGGAUUACAAAUGCAAGGACAAGUUCUUGAUUGUGUCUUUGCCAUGCCCCGACUUGACAGACCCAUCCAAGGUUAGCGAACAGUGGAGCGCUUUGGAGAGCAAGUUCCGUGACCAGUUGCUACAAAAGAAAUUGAGAGUCAACUUUGUCAUUGACGAGGACGAGUCCAAUGAGACCCAGGCAAACGACACGACUUUUGCCAAUGCCACCUCGUCUGCUGGCUUUGGUGCCGCUGGUGCAGGUGCCGCAGGUGCCGCAGGUGCCGCUGCUGGUGUGGGCGCUGGCGCUGGUGCCAACGCUAACGAUACUGUCGAUAGAACACUCGAUUCUUCUGCCGUCAACUCCGGCGCUGACACUACAAAAGAGGCGUUCCCAUCUGUGGGCAGUGCUGGCGCUGACGAGGCACAGCAAAAGGAAUUGGAGGCCUCCAACGAGAAGAUCAAUAACUUGUCAGAGAAGUUGGACUCCAACGAGAAGGCUGCUGCCGCCUCAACCAACUCUCAAACUGGUUCUGCUACUGAGGACACUGUGAGCGGUGUUUCUCUCCCAUUUGCUGCAAUCUUGGUAAUCGUUGCCAUUUUGUUGGGUUGGUACGUUUUGUGA